UCUGUCUCUCUCUCUUCAUUCAUUUCCUCCCCUCUCGUAAAACCACUGAACUCCACCCAAAACCCAGCACCUGCCAUUCCCUCUCGCGUCUUCAACGUUGAUGGCUCUCUCAAUCCGCCAAACCCUUUGAAAGCCCCAUCCAUGUUCGGCCUUCACUGAAACACUUGACCACCCCCCACUUUGUUGAAAGCUAUUACAGCUCGAGCUUUGGAAAAUGGGUGGCAAUGGCAAAUACAAGUGGCGGCUCUCGUUCACUCGCUCGGCUUCUCCUUCGAAGCCUGAACCCCCGAAGGAGUUCUUGUGCUCGAUCGCGGGCUCGCUGAUGGCGGACCCGGUGGUCGUGUCCUCGGGUCAGACCUUUGACCGCGUCUCCGUCCAGGUGUGCAAAGACUUGAGCUUUGCGCCGAUUCUUGAAGAUGGGUCGAAGCCCGACUUCGAAACAAUCUUCCCCAACUUAGCCAUCAAGUCGGCGAUCCUUCGCUGGUGCGAGAAAUCGGGCGUCGAGCACCCGCUCGCUCUGGAGUACGCAUCCGUAGAGAAGGUUGUCCGUACGAGGAUGGCGUCUCGGCAACGGGAGGAAGGAGAUUGUGGAGGGCUUAUUAGGGUUUCGGAGAGGGAGCUACUGAAGAACGUGGCGGGGAACCCGCCGGUGACGUACGAGCACGCGGUGAGCGAGUUGGCUCACCCGGUUGAGCGGUUCUACUCGAGCUCGUCGGAAGAGUCGGUGGUCAUUGGGGCGAGCCCAGAGACCCCUCUGACUCGCCCCUGUUGCUAUUCCUCCUCCUCCUCAUCGUCUUCCUCGGAAUUUCAAGAAAUCGAAAACCCUACACGAGCCCUAGGCCCUAUUUUAAGCUGUGAAGAAGAGGAACUGGUGUUGAAGCUGAAGAGCAGUGACAUCUUCGAGCAAGAACAGGCGGUUAUUUCGCUGAGAAAGAUCACUAGAACGCAAGAACAUAGGAGGUCUGCUCUUUGUACUCCAAGAGUGAUCUCUGCCCUAAAGCCGCUUCUUGUUUCGAAGUACUGCCAUGUACAGGUGAAUGCUGUUGCUACACUGGUCAAUUUAUCGCUCGAGAAUUCGAACAAGGUGAGAAUUGUGAGGUCUGGUGUGGUCCCUCUUUUGAUUAAGGUGUUGAACGGUGGGUUUAGCGAAGCCCAAGAUCAUGCUGCUGGUGCUCUAUUUAGCUUGGCCAUAGAGGAAGAUAACAGGAUGGCUAUUGGGGCUUUAGGUGCUUUGCCGGCAUUGUUCAAUGCUUUGAGAUCGGAUAGCGAGCGAACUAGGCAUGAUUCUGCUCUCGCUUUGUAUAAUUUGACUCUGGUUAAUAGUAAUAGGAUGAAGUUAGUGAAGCUUAAUCCCGUGCCGAGGCUGCUGGAAAUGGUGAAAGCAGGAAAUUUGUUGAGCCUGGUAUUGCUUAUUCUCUGCAAUUUGGCUGCUUGUGUUGAGGGAAGGUCAGCUAUGCUCGAUGGUAAUGCGGUUACAGUUUUGGUUGGGCUUUUGAGAGGGAACGAGGCAAAGUCCAAGUUGGAUAAGGAAAAUUGUGUGGCCGCGCUUUAUGCAUUGAGUCAUGGGAAUUUUAGGUUUAGAGGGUUGAUGAAAGAAGUGAGGGGAGAGGAUGUACUGAGGGAGAUUGAGAAGAGAGGAAGCGAGAGGGCGAGAGAUAAGGCUAAGAGGUUGUUGGAGAUGGUGAGAGAGAGGGAUGAAAAUGGGGAGGAAGAGAAUGUGGACUGGGAGGCGCUCCUGGAGUCUGCUCAACUUAGCGGGACUAGCGGCAGAGCUGGCGGUGUUGGUGGGAGGAACGUCUACAGUGCAAAGUCAUCAGAUUUCUGACUUUUCAUCUUAUGAUCUUUGUUAUCUCUGUGCUUUAGCGAUGUGGAUAUGCUAAUGACUGGUGUUAAUGGAGGCAGGAGGGAGGAGAUUCUGUGGCGAUUGAGAAAACGAUGUUGAAGUUAUGAGGUUAAGGUAUGAUGGUGAUGAGCAGGCCUAUCUGCGGCAUAGACAAUGCCAACUUUUUACCCAUCGCGAGCAUCGUAUUCCAUAUUAUGGCAAUCUUAACUGGCAUUCCUUUGUGCAAUCGGUGGUUCGGGCUACAGACGGAGAGAAACCAGUGCCGAGCUUCGUAGGUUGAGGGAAAAAAUGUGAGUUUGAUGAUUGUUCAUAUUAGAGUCGGAGGCAAGGAAAGUCACCAUAUCGACAUCCCGGCAAAGAAGAAUGCAGUGCAUAUUCCUUUGUAAUUUAACACGAAAAAGGCAUAAUUAUCAAAAGUGGCCAAAUGCAUAACGAUAUUCUGCACAUUUGUCAUGUCCAUGUAUAAUCUGCUCACAUUGUUGUGUGUAUGGUGUUGUGUCUGUGUAGUUGCACAUAGAAAGGAAGAGUGAUUUUGAAGAACUUGUUGAGCUUUACCUUUUCGUCACUCUAUCAUUUCAUGGCCCUGU